GAUGUUGGCGCCGGUAGGGUGAUGGGUUCAGCGGCGGAGAUGGGGAUCAUGGAGGCCGAAGGAGAUUGGUAGUGGGGUACGGCGGAGAGGUGAGAUGGAGGAUGAAGAUGGCAGCCAUGUUGGCUACCAGAGGCAGUGGCCGAGACCAUGGUGGUCUUGGCGUUAGUGAAUGGGGUGGGUGUGGAAGGAGUCGGCGACGGAGCGGCGCCUUGAAUGGCAAGGCCACGGGCGGAGAUGCCGUGAGCGACGGCGCGUGGCAUCUGGGUGGAAAGGAGUGGUGCUGUGGAGUUUCCGGAGAUGGCGGCAGUGACUGCGCUGCUGAGGCGGCGUCGCGGUUGCCGGUUGACUGACGUCGGUGUCGUCGGCGGUAACUGUGGACUGGAAUGGGCCGAAUCACGGAUUUACUUUUCUUAUCCAUUUCCUUUUAUUUUUCUUUAAUUUUUUUUAUAUUACUUAAAAGUUAAAAAAAUAAUAAUUAAAAAAUUAAAGUUAAAUUGUUUUAAUUAAAAUUAAAAAUUAAAAAUUAAAAUUAAAAUUAAAUUAACUGAAAAAUAAGUAUAAAAUACACAGUAAAAUACUAAUAUAUAUCAUUACUACAGUAUUUUAAUCUAUACAAAUUGUUUUAAUUAUAUAAUAUACUAUUUUUUAUUUAUAAGUUUUAAAUAGUUUAAUUAUGAAUACUAUCAAUAAAUAAAUUAAAAUUUCCUAUUAAAUUAUAAAUUGUAAAGCAAUUUCAAAUAAUAAUAAACAUAUGAUAUUUCAUAUUAUAAUAAAUAUUAAAAUGUAAAAUACAUAAAAAUAAAUAAAUUAAAUAUAAUUAAAAUCAUUUAAAAAUUUAAGCAUUUUUAAAUUAUUUAUUCUUUAUAUAAAAAUAAAUCAUUCAAAUAAAAUUUAAAAACAUAUAAAAAUAAUUUAUUAACUUAAAUUUUGUUUUUUUCUUUUUAAAACUUCAUUUUUUUUUCAUAUUCAAUUCAUUUAAAAUUUUCUAAAAACCAAGCCUAGGGUAAAUAUUAAUUAUUAAGUUUUAAUAAAUCAACUUAGUUAUUAAGUAGACUAAAAUUUUCUUUUAUAAUUACUUAACUGAAACAAAUUUUCAAGUUCGGUUUUCUUUUACAAAGAGUAAAAGAAGAAGAUCAUCGUAAAGAUAAAAACAAAGAUUCAAAUAAAAUUAAGUUAUCUUUAACAACUAUUUUUUUAUAACAGUUUUUAACGGCAGUUCUUUGAUGAAUGGUAAAAUAAAAAUGUAUUUAGAAAUCUUAAAUAUUUUUAUCACAUAUUUAAUGUUUUUAAAUAUUUUUAAAAAUAAAAUUUUUGUCCAUUUUUUUUAAUUAUUCUCCAUUUUUUAUAGUUAUUUUUUAAAAUAAUUUUUAAAAAACAAAUCAAAAUAAUUGAUGAUAAUUAAAAAAAAAGUCCCUAAAAAACAUAUCAUUUUCUGUGUUUAAGAAUAAAAAAUAAAAAAUAAUUUUUUUAUUACUAAACCUGCUCUGUUGUCCAAAAUAAUUGUCAAAGAGAGCGUUAGUCUCCAACCAACCUUCAUCGUCAUUAUUCAUUUUGAAAGAGACCGGAGAAGACUUCGACGACCACAAAGAUAUAGGAAGACCACCAUGCUAGUAGAAAGGGAACCCCAGUGGGACGAACAAAGGAACCAAAUGUGUAUAAAUGAAGUUGUGAAGCAGCAUAUGCAAUUCAUCAACCAAAACCAUGGCACCCUCAACCUUACAGAAAAUGCUCUCCCUUGUUUCCUUGCUCCUCUUGGUUAUGUUGAUUUCUUCAGACCAUGUUUCUUCUUAUUCUAAUGAAGAAACACAAGCUCUCCUCAAAUGGAAAGCUACCCUUCACAACCAUAACCAUUCUUCCCUCCUUUCGUGGACUCUUUAUCCUAACAACUUCACCAAUUCUUCUACCCACCUUGGAACAGAAGUCAGUCCAUGCAAAUGGUACGGAAUAUCCUGCAACCAUGCAGGGAGCGUCAUCAGAAUAAACCUCACAGAGUCGGGUUUAGGAGGUACGCUCCAAGCCUUCUCAUUCUCAUCUUUUCCCAAUCUUGCGUAUGUUGAUAUCAGCAUGAACAACCUCUCUGGUCCUAUCCCACCCCAAAUCGGUCUCCUCUCCAAGCUCAAAUACCUUGAUCUCUCUAUCAACCAGUUCUCAGGAGGGAUUCCGCCCGAGAUCGGCCUAUUAACUAAUCUUGAGGUCUUACACCUGGUUCAAAAUCAGUUGAAUGGUUCAAUUCCUCAUGAAAUAGGUCAGUUGACGUCUCUUUAUGAGCUUGCUUUGUACACCAACCAACUGGAGGGUUCUAUUCCUGCUUCUUUGGGUAAUUUGAGCAACUUGGCCUCUUUGUAUCUCUAUGAAAAUCAACUUUCGGGUUCCAUUCCUCCAGAAAUGGGAAAUCUCACCAACCUUGUUCAGCUAUACUCGGAUACCAACAAUCUCACAGGUCCCAUCCCUUCCACUUUUGGAAAUUUGAAACAUUUAACCGUGUUGUACUUGUUCAACAAUAGCCUCUCUGGGCCUAUCCCACCAGAAAUAGGAAAUUUGAAAUCCCUGCAAGGUCUAAGCCUCUACGGAAACAAUCUUUCAGGCCCAAUCCCUGUGUCAUUAUGUGAUCUGAGUGGCCUAACCCUCCUGCAUCUCUAUGCCAAUCAACUUUCCGGUCCCAUUCCUCAAGAAAUAGGUAACUUGAAGUCUCUUGUUGAUCUAGAACUUUCAGAAAAUCAACUCAAUGGUUCCAUUCCUACUUCACUGGGUAAUCUAACCAACUUAGAAAUUUUAUUCCUCCGUGAUAACCGUCUUUCUGGUUACUUUCCUCAAGAAAUUGGGAAACUUCAUAAGUUGGUUGUGCUAGAAAUCGACACAAACCAGCUGUUUGGCUCUUUACCGGAAGGCAUUUGCCAAGGUGGAUCUCUGGAGCGCUUUACAGUGAGUGACAACCAUCUCAGUGGUCCCAUCCCCAAAAGCUUGAAAAAUUGCAGAAACUUAACCAGAGCUCUGUUCCAGGGAAACCGACUCACUGGAAAUGUAUCUGAGGUAGUUGGUGACUGUCCAAACCUGGAAUUCAUCGAUUUGAGCUACAACAGGUUUCAUGGUGAACUCUCUCAUAACUGGGGAAGAUGCCCACAACUACAAAGGCUGGAGAUUGCCGGGAACAAUAUUACAGGGAGCAUACCAGAAGAUUUUGGAAUCUCAACUAAUCUAAUCUUGCUUGAUCUUUCUUCAAAUCAUUUGGUUGGGGAAAUUCCAAAGAAAAUGGGAAGUUUGACUUCUCUGUUGGGGCUGAUAUUGAAUGACAACCAACUUUCCGGGAGUAUUCCUCCUGAACUUGGAUCGCUGUCCCACCUUGAGUAUCUAGACCUUUCAGCCAAUAGAUUGAAUGGGUCAAUACCAGAGCACUUGGGCGACUGCUUGGACUUGCAUUACUUGAACCUGAGCAAUAACAAACUCAGCCACGGAAUUCCGGUUCAGAUGGGUAAGCUGAGUCACCUCUCCCAGCUAGAUCUGAGUCACAACUUGCUUACAGGUGGCAUCCCGGCACAGAUCCAAGGUUUGGAGAGUUUGGAGAUGCUUGAUCUCUCCCAUAACAACCUUUGUGGUUUCAUCCCAAAGGCUUUUGAGGACAUGCCUGCCUUGUCGUAUGUUGACAUUUCCUACAAUCAGUUGCAGGGUCCCAUUCCUCACAGCAAUGCAUUUCGAAAUGCUACCAUUGAGGUGCUAAAGGGGAACAAAGAUUUGUGCGGCAAUGUUAAAGGGUUGCAACCUUGCAAAUAUGGUUUUGGAGUAGACCAACAACCUGUCAAAAAGAGCCACAAAGUUGUGUUUAUUAUCAUAUUCCCUCUUUUGGGAGCACUUGUACUUCUUUCUGCUUUCAUUGGGAUUUUCUUGAUUGCUGAAAGAAGAGAGAGAACUCCAGAAAUCGAAGAAGGUGAUGUACAGAAUAAUCUCCUCUCAAUAUCAACUUUUGAUGGAAGAGCAAUGUAUGAAGAGAUUAUAAAGGCCACCAAGGACUUUGAUCCCAUGUAUUGCAUCGGAAAGGGAGGGCAUGGAAGCGUUUACAAAGCAGAGCUGCCAUCAGGUAAUAUAGUAGCUGUGAAGAAGCUUCACCCAUCCGACAUGGAUAUGGCAAAUCAAAAGGAUUUCUUGAAUAAAGUAAGGGCAAUGACAGAGAUCAAGCAUCGAAACAUUGUGAGACUUCUUGGUUUCUGUUCAUAUCCACGACACUCCUUUUUGGUCUAUGAGUACCUUGAAAGAGGUAGCUUGGCUACAAUCUUGAGCAGAGAAGAAGCUAAAAAAUUGGGUUGGGCUACAAGGGUCAAGAUCAUCAAAGGAGUGGCUCACGCUUUGUCUUACAUGCACCAUGAUUGCUCACCCCCGAUUGUUCAUCGGGAUAUAUCGAGCAACAAUAUUCUGCUGGAUUCUCAAUAUGAGGCUCAUAUUUCUAACUUGGGCACUGCCAAGCUUCUUAAGGUAGACUCAUCAAAUCAGAGCAAACUUGCAGGCACAGUCGGAUACGUUGCACCAGAGCAUGCUUAUACAAUGAAGGUCACAGAAAAAACCGAUGUCUAUAGCUUUGGAGUGAUAGCACUGGAAGUUAUCAAAGGAAGACAUCCUGGAGAUCAAAUCUUGUCUAUAUCAGUUUCCCCAGAGAAGAACAUAGUGUUGAAAGACAUGUUGGACCCGCGACUCCCACCUCUCACACCCCAAGACGAAGGGGAAGUGGUAGCUAUCAUAAAGCUCGCAACUGCAUGUUUAAAUGCCAAUCCACAAUCCAGGCCAACCAUGGAGAUUAUUUCUCAGAUGUUGUCACAGAGAAUUUAGCAAGGUAAGAAAUAAUUUGAGUGGAACUCUACCUAGUCUACCAAUAAUGCAUGGUUUCGAACCUCCUGCAUCUUCAACACAAUGUAAUGCAUCUUCAAAAGUCCCAGUUCUUUUCCAUAACUAAAUUUCGUUCGAGUAAUUGAUAAAGUUGUAAAAAUAUCAAAAAGACUUUUUGUGGGUGAAUAGAAAAUUGCACCUCGGGUACCGGCUGACAAUGUGCAAGGAUAAGAGGAUUGAAGGCUUGAACAUCAAAGAUUUGAUGUUCUAAAUAUAGCAUUGUUAAACAAUGAGAUUAAUGGUUUAUUCAUGUUCAA